AUGUGGUUCAGAGUUGGUCGCGCGUUAUCUGACAGGUCCUUUUGCACGUUGGCGGGGGCGGUGGACCUGCACGCGGAGGUGUUGAGGAGGAAUAGCGGGAGGUCGAUGGUGGUGCUGCACGGGUUGUUUGGGUCGAUUAGCAAUUGGAGGGAGGUGGGGAAGAGCAUUGCGCAGAGGUGCGAAGUGGACGUGCACCUGCUCGACAUGCGCAACCACGGGAGGAGUCCGCACACGGAGAGAAUGGACUAUCCGUUGAUGGCGCUGGACGUGCUGAAGUACGCCGAGAGGGAGAAGCUGGGGAGUUUCGUGUUGAUGGGUCACAGCAUGGUACGCGGAGUUGGGGGGAGUGUUGAGUUGGGGGCGGAGCGGGGAGUUGACGUGGGUCGUGUUGCGAAGGGUGGAAAGACGGCGAUGCUGUUCGCAUCGAGGUACCCGGAGUUGGUGGAGAAGUUGGUGGUGGUGGACAUUUCUCCGGUGAACGGAGGGGCUAGGAGCGUGGAGUUGCAGUUGGACAUAAUGAGGAAGUUGAAGAGGAUAGACGUGAAGAGGGUUGGGUCGCUGAGAGAGGCGGACGAGGUGUGCAAGCGGUACAUAGACGUACGUGGUGAGUGGGGCGUGUGUGUGUGUUUUUUUUUUGCGGGUUUGAGAGGGAGUUGACAGGUUGAGGGGGAAGGAUGCGCUGUUGAGGGGGUUUUUGCUGCAGAAUUUGGUGAGGAAUGGCGGGUACAGGUGGAGGAU